AUGUUCUUCAGGUCCAAGGACGAUGACAAGACGGUCUUCCAGACAGAACCUAAGGAAAUCAAUGGUCAUACCUCUGACAUUAAAAAGGCUCCUUGUGAUAAACAGAUCCUUUCAGCUGGUGAUAAAACUGUUCUACUCUGGGAUCACACGACUAUGACAGAGGUGAAAUCUCUAAGUUUUGACGUCUUUAGUAGUGUGGGAUGUAUUCCUAAGGGAUGCCUGGUAAUAACGUAUGGACCAUCUGUUGCUUUUCAUAGUGCAGUAAGUUUGGUCAAAUCGUUUGAAGCUCCUGCAACCAUCAAUUCUGCAUCUCUUUGCCGAGAAUUUCUUGUAGCAGCAAGUGAAGGUUUUAAACCUUAUAAAUAUGAUUAUAAUAGUGAAGAUGAAUUAUAAUCCUACAAAGGACACUUUGGUCCCAUUCACUGUAUCAGGUUUAGGUCUGAUGGAGAACUCUGUGCCAGUGGUUCUGAAGAUGGAACGUAGAGACUGUGGCAGAUUAUGGUAGAAACCUAUGGUCUUUGGAAAGAUGUGCUUCCUGAAGAUAGUAGUGAGCUGGCAAAGCUGAGGAUCCAUUUUUCAGAGCGAACAGAAGAAGAGAUAGAAGAAAUUGCUUCAGAGAAUUCAGAUUCCAUCUAUAGUUCAACUCCUGAAGUUAUGGCCUGA